AAUUCCCCAUUCAAUCAGAGGAAUGAAUAUAAACAAAGUCUGCACGUAUUCAAGUCAUUAUCUACAGUAGUGUCAAACGCGCUGUACUGAAAUGGACCCUUUUGCUUUUGUAUUACUUGUGAUGCUGUUCAGCGUUGAAUCUAAAGCCCAAGGCAAUGGCUUAGGAAUGUGUGACCAUCGACUUACUGCAACGAAUGAAACAAAGUUUUUAACUUCUCCUGGAUGGCCAUCUAACUACAAUCGAACUUCAUAUUGUUUCUGGCGAAUCUUUGGACCUACGGGAACACAAAUUUUAUUGAGAAAUGAUCAUGUUUUGCCAAAAAGCCGAAUCAAUAUACGAAGUGGUGGAAAAGACUUAACAAAAUACUUUGGAAACUCGGUCGGCCAGGAGAUUGUUUCACCGAAUAACCUCGUUUAUAUUGGAUUUGUUUAUAAUUUCUUUUCUGCCCAUUUGCAACCUUUCACUCCGGGGAGGUUCAAGAUACAUUAUUCAAUUGCUUAUCCCAACGAAACAACUGUCGAAUGCGAAUUUGUUCUAAUUGCAAAACCAACCAUGCAAUCAAUCACAUCACCAGGGUUUCCACAAAACUACCCAAAUAAUGCAAAUUGUACUUGGACGAUAAUAACUCCUCGUGGGAUGAAUACUCAUUUUAAAUUUGAAAGCUUUAACACAGAGAAAGUGCAUGAUUAUUUAAAAAUCUGGCCAAGCUAUUCUAGCACACCUACUGCACUCAUCAGCGGUUAUUACCAAAAGGAUAUAAGGAGCUGGAGCGGUUUUAACGGAACAUUUCAUUUUGAAUCAGAUAGUUCAGUGACUACAUCUGGAUUUAAUAUCACUUUUAUUGGACAUAGAAUGCCCCCAACUCCAUGUGAAGUUACUCUAAAUGCGACGACUGACGUUCAAUUUCUUACAUCACCCGGUUAUCCCAACAAUUACCCAAACAACGUGAAUUGCAAUUGGACGAUAACUGCCCCUAAAGGAUUGAAAAUUUAUUUUACUAUGCACAACCUAUCAACAGAGGAAUGUUGUGACCAUAUAUCUCUUUCUGCAUAUCCAAGAAUGCGAUGGUACAGCGGUUCAAUAAUAAGGGAUUACGAGAAAGUAUUUAUAUCUCCUGGAAACACUAUGACUUUAACCUUUCGUUCAGAUUGGUCUAUAACUAGUUCUGGAUACAACGCAUCAUAUUUUGCGUUAGAACCGGAGCAAAUCAGAUACCCCACUGGAUGGUAAUUCGUGUGGUGAUACUGUUGCUACAGCAACCAUAUAUAUAUCGUUACAAUAAAAUAACUG